UCGUGGACCAAAUUGUAACGCCCUGCAACGCUACCGAGGCAACUGCAGAAGAAAGAAGUUCUGGUUCCUCUCGGAGAAGAGCGGUGGUGCUUGAGUGGGUCCAGAGACUGAUUUCAGAGCUCAUCUCUAAACUGAAAUGCAGUUCCCCCUGAGUUUCACAGUGCAGAUUUUGCUGUUGAUAGGCAGAGAUGGUCUCUACGCAGAGGAAUGCCCCAAAACCGUGAUCCACUCCUGUGGGGACUGCAUCCAAUCUGGACCGUUCUGUCACUGGUGCAGGCAGCUGAACUUCACCAAGCAGGGCGAGUCGGACACCGUUCGCUGUGACACCAGGGUGGCCCUGCGAGAGAGAGGCUGCGAGGCAGACAACAUCGUCUCCCCCCAAAACUCCCAAACCCUGGUGAAGGACCUCCCGCUCACCACCCGCUCCUCCACAGCCAAUAAGGAGCCGGUGCAGCUGAAACCGCAGCAGAUCACACUGGACCUGCGCCCCGGCCUCCCCCACACCUUCCAGCUGAAGUUCAAACGGGCGGAAGACUACCCCGUGGACCUGUACUACCUGAUGGACCUCUCCUACUCCAUGAAUGAUGACUUGCAGAACGUGAAAAAGUUGGGGGUGGAACUACUGAAGACUCUGCGGACGAUCACCUCUCGCGCUCGGAUCGGUUUCGGCUCGUUCGUGGACAAGACGGUCAUGCCCUUCACAGACACCAGGCCGGAGAAGCUGAAGAAGCCGUGCCCGGAGAAGGAGCGCUCCUGCCAGCCGCCGUUCGGCUACAGGCACGUCCUGAGCUUGACCGAUAACCAGAACGAGUUCAACAGGAGGGUGUCCGAGCAGUUCAUCUCCGGCAACCUGGACUCCCCCGAGGGAGGCCUGGAUGCCAUCAUGCAGACUGCCGUGUGUGGGGAUAAGAUUGGCUGGGGGAACAGCACCCGCCUGCUGGUGUUCACCACCGACGCUGGCUUUCACAUGGCGGGGGACGGGAAACUGGCCGCCAUUUUGGAGCCCAACGAUGGCAAUUGCCACUUGGAUGCGGGUCUGGGGUACAGCAAGAGCAACGAUAUGGACUACCCUUCCGUUGGCCAGGUGGCAGAGAAGCUAACAGAAAAUAACAUCCAGCCCAUUUUCGCCGUCACUAGCAACAUCGCGGAUGUGUACAAGAAACUGAAAGAGAUGAUUCCCAAAUCUGAAGUCGGUGUGCUGUCAGACGAUUCAAGCAACGUUGUAUCUCUGAUUACGAAUGCAUACAAGAGCCUUUCCUCCAAUGUGAUUGUGAACCAUUUCGAGCUCCCAGACCACGUCAGGGUCUCGUACAGAUCAACCUGUGAAGGUGGACAUAGAGAGGACACGAGAGGCAUAUGCAACAAUGUUGGCAUUGGUCAGGAGGUAACAUUUAGCGUGACCGUGACCGCGGACAAAUGCAUAGCGGAGAAAUCGUUUCUGAUUGGACCGCUGGGCUUCAGAGAGAGAAUGAAGGUCACCGUGAAAACGCACUGCCAGUGUGAAUGCAGGGACCCGCCUAACCCGGGCCACUGCUCGGGGAAAGGACAGGUCGUCUGUGGAAAAUGCAGUUGCUCUAAUGGGUUUGUGGGUCAGAACUGCGAGUGCAACGUGGGGUCCCAGGGCGAGGACCGGCUGCGGGCCCAGUGCCGGCGGGACAACGGCACGGAGUGCUCGGGCCUGGGGGACUGUGUGUGCGGCGUGUGCAACUGCCACGCCGGCGAGGACGGGCGCACCAUCUACGGGACGUACUGCGAGUGCGACGACCGGAGCUGCGAGGUGCACCAGAACAGGCUGUGCGGAGGAAACGGGAAGUGCGAUUGCAGCAAGUGCAUCUGUAACCCGGGUUACGAGGGCAGCGCCUGCCAGUGCAGGAAGUCCAACGACGCCUGCAUGAAGGGCGACAGCCGCACCGUGUGCAGCGGGCGGGGCACCUGCGAGUGCAACGUGUGCCAGUGCAAGGACGGGUACACCUUGCCCUUCUGCGAGGAGUGCCCGGGGUGCCCCUCACCCUGCCCCAAAGCUGCGGCUUGCAUUGAGUGCCUGGGAUUUAAUAGCGGUCCAUUCAGUGAGAACUGCUCCACGCAGUGCCGGGACAUUCAGCACAAGGUGGUGGACCAGCUAACUGCUAAGAAGCCGUGCAGGGAGAAGGACUCCAAGAACUGCUUCAUCGUCUUUUCCAUGAAAGAGCUGGACGGCAUCGAUAAAUACGAGGUGUUGAUCCAGAAGGAGAAAGAAUGCCCGAAGCCCCCGAACGUGGCCGCCAUCGCCGGGGGAGCGCUCGCCGGGGUAGCGCUGAUCGGCCUUCUCGCCUUGCUUCUGAUCAAGGCCUUACUUUACAUGAAGGAUCUGAAAGAAUUCCGCAAGUUUGAGAAUGAAAAACAGAAAGCAAAGUGGAGUAACGCUGAGAAUCCGUUAUUCAAGACUGCAACAACCACUAUUCAGAAUCCCAAUUUCAGCGAGGAUUAAUGUCAUCGUCUGUAUUUAAAAUGUGAAAUCAAGUAUGUUAGGGCAGUCGUUCUCAAAAUCAACCCUGCCCCCCCCCCCCCCCCCCCCCCCCCCCCGGUGUAUGCUGGUUUUUGUUCUAACCACAAUUGCAAUCCCAGAAUUUUAACAAGCUUCUCAUUUUUCUCAAUUAGACACUUCAUGUUUUGAGAAUUUAUUUACCUUCUUUUUUAAAUUUUUAAAUAAAUUUGGUAGCUCACGUGGGGUUGAACGUGCCCAAUUCCCACCCUAAUUUGGGAAUGUCCAAUUAUGUGCAACGUGUGCGGACCGCACAGUUGAUUUUGAAGAGUGUAGAUGUCCAAGGUUCUCCUCAAAAUCAAAUUAAAGACCCAGUAGAUCAACACAACAGUAAAUCAGUAGAGUAGAGUGUAAAUCAGUAGGGGAACGUGUGGACGCCUGGCCACUAAAACUGACCAUUUGGUAAAUAAUGAGGAAUUCAAAGACAAAGCAAAUGCCCAACCUACUUUGCAUUAAUAAGUUUAAGGAAAUAAAUUGAAAUAGCGUAAACACAUAUGUUCAACAGCCUGAAUUAAGCAAGGAAUUGGCUGUUGCAAAACCCAUACAUGGGUGGGGUCCCCAGGACUGAUAUUGAGAACUGCUGCAUCAUGGUGCGGUGCUGCACAGCAUGGUAAAGGAUAGCAUACCACACACAGCAUUGCAUGUGUUCCGUGGGUAAUUUUUUGUAGGUGUGCACUAUAGGAAAAAUAUGGGCUGAUUACAAUAACUGAUAUUUGUCAUGUUGACCAAUGCUGAUGCUGAUGAAUCCUCGUUGUUUUAUGUUACAGCACAAAUUCAAACAGUAUCUGCAUUUUCAGAAGUGGAUGACUGCAGACUGUAGAGAGUUAGUAUAACUUUGCAUGUGAACUUGUCUGGUGAAAAAGUUAAAAAGAGAAAAAAAAUUGUCAUUAUUAUUAGGCUAUUUUACGAGCUUUACGAUUUCGCUUUUAAUUGAUAGCAUAAAAUGUCUCGCCUCUCUGCCACAGCCCAUAGCAACAAGUUAAUUUUAGGCUAUUAUGGGCUGAUAAACAUACGCCCUGAUAUUAUCACACAUUCCUUCUUUUUUGUAACUGUGAAAAGUUGGACACAUUCUUUAUGAUUACCAUUUUGCUGUUUUGCUAUUUUUUAUUUUAAAUUGUGCAUUGCAGACUUUAGCCAAGCCUGCAAAUGGCUCAUGUUGACUUGUUCAUCCCAUUCAAAGGAGAUUUUCUCCCAUACCUGCAAUUUUACUUUGUUAACUGUGAAAACAAUAAAACUGGGGAAAAUCAAUGGGCCCCAAAUUUAAA